CACCUCCCCAUUACCAACUUUUUCCCCUCGCUGCUGCCUGGUGUGUGGGGAGAGAGAGAGAGAGAGUGUGUGUGUGUGUAGCUCCCUCCCCCUCCCCCAAGCCUUGGCCCUGUCUGCCCAACCCCCCACCUCUUCUUUCUGGGGGCUCUGAAGUUCAGUCUCUCCUCAGAUGGGGCCUGAGGGCUUUACAUUCAGGUCCACCAGUGGGGCUGUCAAAUGAAAAGAGGGUUUUUUCAGUUUCUUUUCCUAAUCCAGAAAGUCCCUUCUGGUGUCUGGCUGCAAGCCCUCUUGCUGCUGCAGGAGUGCCCUAGAUCUGCCCACUCACAGCCACACUUCCAUGGCUGGACAAGAGAGGAGGCAGGAGGGUGUGCCCCCUCCCUUGCAGUCUUCCAGACACCGGAGUCCAGUCCCUUCCCUGAGCCUGCCGAAUCCUAAGCAUCUCAGCACAGGGUGCGCUGGCGAGCCUGCCUGGUCUCCUCCGUGUGGGUGUUUGCAGUUGGACGCUCUCCCCCUCCCGCCCGCCUCCCCCUUCUCCCCACGCCUCAGCUGGGCCUGCCCCCUCCCCCUCCUGUCCCCUGCCGCCUCCCUGCAGCCUCUCUGCUCCUGGCAAAGCCUGCAGCCCGCCCGCUCCUCUGCGGGUCCAGGGAGCCUCUGUGCGCCCCUACCUCCCCUCCUCCCGUCCUCCCCUCCUGCCCUCUUCCCCUUCACCCCGUCCCCUGCCCUGGACUCUGCAAACAUGAAGGUCUUGGCCUGUCUCCUUGCAGCACUGGUGGGGAUCCAGGCUGUUGAGCGGCUGCGCCUGGCUGACGGUCCCCACGGCUGUGCCGGCCGCCUGGAGGUCUGGCAUGGCGGGCGCUGGGGCACCGUGUGUGACGAUGGAUGGGACCUUCGGGAUGCUGCUGUGGCCUGCCGGGAGCUGGGCUGCGGGGGGGCGCUGGCCGCCCCCGGGGGCGCCUUCUUCGGGGAGGGCGCAGGGCCUGUGUGGCUCAGCGAGCUGGCCUGCCGGGGCAGUGAGGGGCAGCUGGGCCUCUGCCCCCACCGGGGCUGGAAGGCCCACAUCUGUUCUCACGAGGAGGACGCCGGCGUCGUCUGUGCAGGCCAGCGAGUGGCGACCUCCAGGGACGACUCCGCUUCCCCCCCAGAUGGAGGUCUGUGGCCGGGACUGUCUGGGGGACUGAGCCCCGGCACUGAGGAGCCUCCUGUGACCCAGGUCCCUCGCCCAGCUGGGAUCCCCCAGAAUGGCCCCCGGAAGAAGAGCCUCCGGCCACCCAAGCCAGCCAAGUCCACCCGGGCGCCUUUGCUGACUGGAGCCCCACGCCAAGAGCGGCUGCGCCUGGUUUCAGGCCCCCACGGCUGUGCCGGCCGCCUGGAGGUCUGGCAUGGCGGGCGCUGGGGCACCGUGUGUGACGAUGGAUGGGACCUUCGGGAUGCUGCUGUGGCCUGCCGGGAGCUGGGCUGCGGGGGGGCGCUGGCCGCCCCCGGGGGCUCCAGAUUUGGGCCUGGUGCGGGGCCCGUGUGGAUGGACGAUGUGGGGUGUGGAGGAGGAGAGCAGGCCCUCCGGGACUGUCCCCGAAGCCCCUGGGGCCGGAGCAACUGUGACCACAGUGAGGAUGCUGGUCUGGUCUGCACUGGACCCGCCCCCCGGCUGCGCCUGGCCGAUGGCCCCCACGGCUGUGCUGGCCGCCUGGAGGUCUGGCAUGGUGGGCGCUGGGGGUCAGUGUGUGAUGACGCCUGGGACCUUCGGGAUGCUGCCGUGGCCUGCAGGGAGCUGGGCUGUGGGGGGGCGCUGGCCGCCCCCGGGGGCGCCUUCUUUGGCGAGGGGACUGGCCCCAUCACCCUGGACGACCUGCGCUGUCGGGGAAACGAGACAGCCUUGAGGUUCUGCCCCGCCAGGCCCUGGGGCCAGCAUGACUGUCACCACCGGGAGGACGCCGGGGCCGUGUGUGAUGGCAUGCCCCUUGGCCUCGGCUCUGCCACGGCCCCUGCUGUGGACAGCAACAGUUCAGCACCCAGGGAGGUGGCAACCAGGCCACUUUCCACCACGGUGGGCCAGACCCUAGGGACAGCCAGCGGUUCACCUCCUCCAGCUUCUCCUACUGCCCCCUGGGAGCCUGGGCCAGAAGCUGGGUCCCCUGGGCUGCGGCUGGUGGCUGGGCCCAGCAGGUGCUCAGGCCGGCUGGAGGUGUGGCAUGAUGGGCGCUGGGGGACGGUGUGUGACGACAGCUGGGACACACGAGACUCAGCUGUGGUCUGCAGAGAGCUGGGCUGCGGGGGGCCUCGGCAGCCAGACCCUGCUGGGGGCCGCUUUGGCUGGGGUGCGGGCCCCAUCUGGCUGGAUGAUGUCAGCUGUGCGGGGACAGAGAGUUCGCUGUCUGACUGCCCUGCUGCUCCCUGGGGGAAGCACAACUGCGCUCACAAUGAGGAUGUCGGGGUCGCCUGCACGGGGACCCCUGGCCUGGACACCAUCUCAGAUCCUUUCAGCUGGAGCUGGCUCCCUGGGCCGGGGAGAGGUCAGGAUGCCUGGCUCCCAGGAGAGCUUGUAACCAAGCCCUCUGCAAGUCUGACUUCCAGUGUGCCGGAGAAAACCACUAAGGCCCCAGGGAAAGUGCCCAAAAGUACUAAGAAGUGGGUGACCAAAAUUCCAAAGAGACCAACCACUCAACCUUCUGGGAUGACAAGCACUAAACCCUCUAGGGGUCUGAGCACCCCAACGCCCCGAGAACUAACCGCCCAGACCACAAUCCUGACCACUGAGGCCUCCCCCAGACGAACUUCCGAGCCAAAAAGGCUGAUCUCUGAGGAUCCCCACAGACUGACUUCACAUACCACUGCAGCGCUGACUCCUCAGGUGCCCAGGGAAAGGACCUCAAAGACUGUGGCAAUGCUGUCCACACAAAGCCCUCGAGACACUACCUCUGAGGCCACUGCCGGGCAAAUCCCCCAGGCCUCCCCAGAGACCUCUGCUGAGAUCCCAGAAGGAUCUCCAGAGCCAUCCAAGGACUCAGUCCCCUCCCCCACUGCUAGCACCCUCGGGGAACCAGGCCCCUUCCGGGUUCGUCUGGCUGAUGGACCCAACAGGUGUGCUGGCCGGCUAGAAGUAUGGCAUGCUGGACGCUGGGGGACAGUCUGUGAUGACAGCUGGGACCUGAGGGAUGGCACUGUGGCCUGCUGGGAACUGGGUUGUGGAAAGGUCCGGCCCCGAGUGGGCAAAACUCACUAUGGCCCUGGGACUGGGCCCAUCUGGUUGGAUGACAUGGGCUGUAAAGGGACGGAGACUUCGCUAAGUGACUGCCCCUCGGGGCUGUGGGGGAAGCACAACUGUGACCAUGAAGAAGACGUGGGGCUCACCUGCACUGGCUACACAGACGAUGACGACUAUCCCCCCUGGACCUGGGACCCCACUUCAGGAGAGGACCUGGCCACAGAGACCACUACAGCAGUGGGGUCUGAACGCACGCGUCCCUGGGGCCCCUCUCCAGCCACCCGGCGACUUCCAGACACAGGUGACCAGGAUGGUGACAAAUCUUCCUGGACAUGGGACACACCUUCCAGAAGGGACCUGGCCAAGGGGACUCCCACUGCAGCCACAGCUGGACCCACCCUAACCACUGGCACCACCAAGAGCCCAGGCCAGCCCUCUCCAGCUCCAAGGGCCGCUGGGGACAGAGGUUCCCCGAGGAAGCCGCCGUGGUCGGGGCGCCGACUGUCGCAGCCCACCGCAGCCCGCACAGCGGCCCCCACCCCAUCCCACGCGCCCUCCCCCUCGCCAGGGCCCUCGGGUCCGCUCAUCCUGGACUGGGCUGCACCAUGGGAAGUGACCUCGGACCCUGCUGACACUCCUCCACCCACCCCAACCCUGCCCCCCUUGACAACAGCUGACCUUGCUCCGUCCACCGCUGACUCCAGUGUGGUUCCCGCUGUGACCCCGGAGCUCUCCUCCAUGCCGUCCUCCACCUCGCCCCAAGAGCCGACCUCUGGCCCCCAGCCAUCAGGGCUGACCCCAGAAUCUGUCACUGCCCCAAACAUGGAGACAGCUUCUUACCCCAAGACAGCCCCAGAACCUCCUGGAUCCUCAGACCCUUCCACAAGCCCUGGCCCCACUGGGACCACACACCCCACCACCCACCCCACUACCUCCCUUCACCCCACCACAGUGCCUCCUCCUCCUAUGACCCUUGACCUCACCAUGACCCCUCCCCCCUCGACGGCCUCUCCACCUACCGUGAAAGCUGAGCCUGCUGUCACCAUUCACCCUAGUAGGACUCCUGACCCCAUCUCCACUCCAGCCCUCUCCACCAGGUCCCUUCCAGCCUCCCUGGGGACAGAACUCCCUUCUCCCACUCUGGCACCAAAGGACAAGCCCAGCUUGCACCCCCAGCUGACUUCGGUGGGGACCCCUCACACGCCCACACUCCAGGUACUAAGCCUGGACCCCUCCCCAGCCCCCGGGUCCAGCCGCUCUAGGGCCUCUCCAGCGCCCAGCGUGGACCCACUAUCCACGGAGGGCUUCAAGCCACCCAGAAGCCAGACCCCCAGAUUAACCCCUCCACCUGCCCACACCCCACACUCAGCCUCUGACCCCACAGUAGCUCCUGACCUCCACCUGCCUCCCAGGGCUCGCCCCUUGGACCAACCACCCCCUGAUCCCCUUGUCCCAGGCCCAGCCCCUGGCCAGAUCCCAGGUCCCCUGGGCCCAUGCCUGUCCCCAGCACCACCUGUAAGAGUCAUGGCUUGUGAGCCACCUGCCUUGGUGGAGCUGGUGGACGCUGUGAGGGCCGUGGGUGACCAGCUGCAGAGGCUGACCCAGGUCCUGGAACAAGACCGUCAGGAGCGCCGAGCCCUGGAGCUGGGGCUGGCCCAGUUGGCAGAGGCCGCCCAGGGCCUGGGGCACCUGGGGGAGGCUGUGAAGAGACUGGCAGAGGUGGCCUGGCCCCCCAGCACGCCUGUGCCCACCACCACCACCCCAGAGGAGGAGGAGAGACCUCUGAGGGGAGAUGUGUGACUCUGUCCAGGACUUGGGGAGCUUAAUAUACUCUCAAACAAAGAAAGCCAAGCCUCUGGUGAAAAGCAA